GGAAGUGUUUAAGGCAAAAUUACAAUUGAACUCCGACACAAUGGGGUCUCAGAAGUCCCCAUUGAACGAGGAGAACCUGAUGAACAUAUUAGCUGAUGCAGCGCACUGGACUGAGGAACAGACGGUCGAAAAGCUUCAUGGAACUCUGCCUGUCGUUAUAGACUUCCUGCAAAAGAGCCCACCAGCCGAGGAAGGGGUGCAGGUGGCCAGGUUCGUCCUAGGGUCCUUCCUUCCACACCUCCAAAUCGAAGAGUCCUUCUCCCUCCUCGAUGCCACUCUGCCAGCCCUCGGGUCAUUCUUUGAUGGCUUUGUGCAGGAGUGUGAACAGGGGGCAAAGGAUAGCGAAGAUUUGCCCAGCAGACUCCUCCAGCAAUGUGUCCUGAUCACAGAGAGUUGUGAAUUGAUGGUACAGUUCCUGAUGCAAGCAGAGAAUGUCCUUGUGAAGAAUGUGAACAACCUUCCCAAAGUUGUGUUGCAUGUGAUAAAUGGUUCUCUGAAGCACUGCAGAGACAGUGGGACCAUCUAUGGGGACCAACAAGAGCGAGUAAGUGAGCCGCUGAAUCUACUCUUUCGGCAGACUGUGGACCUCUCAACUCAUUUCUCAGGAUUAUUACCCAAGCUCGUAUUUGAUACUUACGAUGAUAUAAAUAUAUUGAUUGAUGUCUGUGAACAGCUACCAGUGACAGCAUCAUGCAUGUCACAGUUGUCGGAAGUUCGUGCCUGUGUGGUGGUUUGGCGAGCAUAUGUCUCUUUCAUCCAGCAGUAUCAUACGCAUCUCAUAACAGAACUGGAUAUCUCCCUGCCAAUUGCUUCUCUAAUAAAGGAGAUUUCUGAUGGUUUGCUCAUGAUGACAGGAUUUUCAGUCCAGAAUAAAAAAAUGAAUGACCAGGAUCUUAAAAUUACUCAGCGUAUCAUCAAGAUGACAAGUUUUUGUAUGAAGAUUGUCAUUUCACUAUGUGAGAAAUUUAAGGGAUAUCUACACCCAGCUCAUCGAGAUCUGGGGAAACUGCUGGUAUUGUUAUAUAGGUUCUUUCCCGAAAAUCUCAUCCUACAAAAGUUUCCCGAUGGGGUAAAGACCGACAUGGAGAGGCAGGUAGCCAUUGGGGUUGAGCCCCUCUUGUCACACCUCAGGGAUGAUGUGGACUUUGUAAAGGUUGUAAUAGACUUGGGAGAUGAAGAAACCGAGAAGACAGAGGAAAUAGGUGAUUGGGGAAGUUAUCUCCUGUUGCUGAUUGCUCUGAGCUUCCCACUCUCGCCUGCUAUUACACUCCACUUCGAAGCUCUCAUUGACAGGACAUUCCAGGCAAUUCAGAAGAGUCAUGCUUCACUUUCAUACCCAUGUAAGGUAGCAGGUGUAAUGUGCGGAGGAAAACCCCAGACCAACGUGACACUUUAUGAACAUGUCCUAACACGCCUAUGUUCAACGGUGGCUGUUUUAGAGUCUGAGAGUUUCGAAGCCUUGGAACAGCUCCUUAUAAAAUGGCUGUUGUGUGGACAAACGUGGCCCGCACUAAUGGCUGCUGAUAUUUGGUGUUUCGUGGCCAGGUAUGGAACAAGUGAGUUGUGUAAGCAUCAUUGCUUGGUACUCUCUGAAAUUUUGCCUCGUGCUCCACUUCACUCACACCAGCAGUUGGUACUCACUUCACUUCUCAAAAGGCUUAUUUCCAAGCUUUCUCCAGCUGAUAAGGUUGAUUUUCUCUCUCACUUAUCAUCAGGAUCUAUCGAGCGAGGGGAUGAAGUUAGUCUUUCCUGUGCGGUGAAAGAGAACUGCAAGGCAGACCAAACAAAGGAUAUUAGGAAGAAUCUUCUCAAUAGCUGCUCUCAGACCAUCAAAGCAAUAGUUUCAAAAAAUGCAUCAGAAGACAAUGUUUUUGAUCUUUUGGUCAAGCUUGAACACAUCUUCCCGAGCCUUGCUGACUUCCCUCUAACAGACGAUGAGGAUGCAGCUGCUUUUGCUGAAUGCAUACAGGAUCUAGCACAACUGUGGGCCAGGUUUCCAAUGGAAUAUAUUGGCUGUUCAGCUGUUGAUUUGCUGGCUUCAGGCUUAUUGAUGACAUCAAGCUCAGCUCUUAAUCAUUACUCUAAUGAUCAGCUUCUGCAGAUCAUAUCUUUCUGUAAAGAAAGUGCCAGUCAAGCUUCACCAGUGUUUGGGGUCUCGAUUUGCUUGCUAGUGGCUGCAGCUGGACAGUGCAGUCUGUUAGCUACAUCUUCUUCGGAAGUUGCAAAUGUCUUAGACUGCAUCUCUGAUGGGCUGCAUAAAGUGUUGCAGAGCAAGAACCCAUUUGUGUACCAGUGUGCUUUAGAUGCUUUCGUUGCAUUUGGUAAACAUUCAGUGCAUGAAAAUGUAUUGCCUUCAUGUCUUCAAAAGUGUGAAGAGACUUUACAAGGAAAGGUUACAAAAUACUUGCAACAAGAAGUACACUCUUUAUCCCCUGGCAUGUCAGUGUGUAACCUACUACAACACCAAAAUGUUAUCUGUUGCAUGGAUAAAACAGCGCUCUCUCGUAAGAAUUAUAUACCAAUCGAAGAAUCGUUAAUGGCAGAGAACAUCUCAGCGAGUUCGUUAUUAUCAGAAGGAAAGGAUAAUUUGCCACAGGACUUUAAAUCUUCAAAGAGAAAAAGGGAAGAUGAAUCAGUUUAUUCUAGUUUGUGCGAUGCUAGAUCUUUAAUGGAAAGUCUUCAAGAAAGUAGAAAUAUUAUUGGAAAGUUGAAGAAUAGAAAUGAAAUUGAGAAAAUUGACAGAGAUGGUGUUAUAAUUUUGUUACAGGAAAUGAUUAGUGAACUUAGCUCCUGAGUUUUUCUUUCUUUUGUUAAAACUUCUUUAAUAUCAAAUUUUAUAACAGCAAAGAAAUAGUUCUAGAAUAGGUGGUAUUAGUAAUAUAUAUUUAGAUUUAAUAUUUAUUUAUAGGGCAACAAACUCUGUUUUUAUUAUUUUCUUGUGUAAAGACAAUAAAAAUUAACAAUUAUUACUUAUAUUGAUUAUGUACCUGCGUGUGUGACUAGAGUAAUCUUUAUGUACAAGGGCUUGUAAAAUUCCCCAGAUAUUUUAGUCUCUUUCUCCAUGUCCCUCUCUCCUCAC